AGAAAGGGGCUGUCGGAAAGUUUUCAAUGUACCAUUCUUAUCACAUGCUGCUUUGUGAAAGCCUUCAAACACUGAACUCUUGAUUUAAGUGCAUGAAUAAUUAGCUGACACAUAUAAUGGAAGGCACUCAUACCAUCCUCCAUUUACACAAACCCAUAAAAGAAGUUUGCUACGUCAGCUUCUAUCGUCCACGAGGAAAAGUCAGAGGAUUUAUGUAUUUGGGCAGUGCUUCUUUAGACAAAUCCAUUAAAUAUUUUGUGAACUUAUUUCAAAUUCAAGAGGGCACAAGAAUAGCUGAACUUGGAGGUAGAGCUUGUCUAAGCCUUACAACACUUUUCAAGCAAACUGCAACUCAGGACAUUCUUUCAGUGUUGUAUAACUGGACUGCAAAUAAGGAACUAUUGACUGAUUUGUUUACUCUGCACUCAAACUUUCCUUUAGGUAUACAGAUGGGAAAUCAGGAUGGAAAGCUUCAGGAGCAGGCUGAGAAUUCUGAAAAGGCAGAAGUUAAUCCAGGGUUUAAAAAUCUCCAGCGUUCACUCUCAACAGAUGGUAAAAAAAGUGUACCUAAGACCAAAAAGAUAAGGAAAUCUAGCAAAAGAAGAGAAAGUUUAGAGGAAUUUAUGCAUAAUAAGUUUAGAAGAAAAUUGAGUGGUAGCUGGGAGACUUCAUCUGCAUUAAUUACUAAAGGCCUUUCUUUGGGACGUGAUAAGGCUGCUUCUGCAAAACUCUCCAUCAGCACUUCUCCCAGUACAAAAUUGACUAGUUCUUUUGUAAAUGCAUUGCAGCAGUCAGAUGUAAACAGUAAUAAACUGCAACCUGAUGAUGUUACUGUUGCUGAAAUACAGAGUAAAGGAAAAGAGUUUCUUCAAAGAUUUACAUCUCAGGAAUCCGACUCAGAUCUUGGCAGCUGUCUUUCAGAGUAUGACAACGAUGUCUUCACAGAAUGCAGGGCAUCUCCAUGCAACAGUUUAUUUAAUGAGUUAGUAGAUGGCUUUCAGGCUAUACCAGGACAAACAGGUUGGCUGGCUCCUAACAACAGCAGUUCAAGUGACACAUAUAAAAGAUGUGAAGUUUUUUCUGAACUUGAAAGAAAUAAAGAUGAAAGUUUGCAAGUCAGACUUCAUGAGGAUGUUAUCAAACAAAAUGUGGCUAAAACUGUAGUAAGAAUGAAAGAGUUAGACAAUCUGCUACAGAAAACUGUAAGUACCUGUACUACUUAUGACAUUAAUGAAAACACUAGUCAUGCUGAAGACAAAAAAACAGUAAAAGACAUUGUUACAGUUUCUAAUGGUUAUCUGACAAAUGCUGAUAAAAAAGUAUUACAGGCAAGCAAUGUGCAAUGUACUAAGGAAAGAGAGACCUCUAUCAUGGAGGCACAAACGAUUAAUGAGUCUUGCAAACCAUCUGGAUUUGUCAAUAAAAAUCUUUUAAAAGUCAUACAGAGUGACAGCUUUGAUGAGACUGCAGACUGGAAAAGACUACACAAAGGCAAAGAAGAUGCAAUAGCGGCGGUGUCUGAAAAAAGUAGUCUGCAACCAGAGAAAAAUAAACAUUCAUUACUGAAUUUGCCUUCACACAAUAUUCAUGACUAUUUUCAAGAUAAUGGAAUGUUAAAGUCAGAUGUCAGAGAUUUAACUUCAUCGUUGCUAGCUACUGCCAGUAAUUUGUGCCCAGUAAGUAAUACCCAGCAACACAUUCCACCCCUUCCGUCACCACUGGCCAGCUGCCUACCUAGUCCACAAAAGCAUCAUAGGAUUCUUCCACUUCCUACAAAGGAGGAACCUGGAGUUAAUGAGUGGCAGAGUGAGAGCAGCUCUCCCACACAUAUCUGUGAAGAGGAAUGCAAUGAUUUGUUGUUGUGUCCCUGUUUUAAGCUCAGUGACGCAGAAGAAGGAACAUUUACAACAAAGUCUGUGGAUCUUAAUCAAGCUGCAAGCCCCGAAUAUCAAGAAGAGGAUAUAAAACUGGAUAUUGCACUAUAUCAACAGCCAUUUCAAGUGACUUAUAUUCUUGUCAAACCAACUCUCUGUAACCUCUGUGACCUUGAUGAAAUGACUUUACAUGUUAUGUUGUCAGACAGCAAUCUAGCCACAAAGAUGUUAAACUGA